AUGGUAUCUUCUACGAAACGAUCGAUUCUCAUCACAGGGUGCUCACAAGGCGGGGCAGGUAAUGCCUUAGCACUGGAAUUUUUCUCCAGGGGCUUUCGUGUGUUCGCAACCGCCCGAUCACUGACGUCUAUGACCAACCUGGAGUCAGCAGGCGUCGAGAUCUUCACUCUAGAUGUUACGUCACGGGAUAGUAUCAAAGGUCUAAAAGAUGAGAUUCUCAACCGUACUGGAGGCAAACUGGACAUUCUGUUCAACAACGCCGGUACCAUGUAUGAGGCUCCAUCGGUUGAGGCUGAUGGUGCUCGUGUCCGACAGAUGUUUGACACCAACGUCUUCGGCUUGUUCGACGUGGUUCAGACAUUUACACCCCUGCUGAUUGCUGCUGUUCAUGGAUCUCGCCAAUCUCCUACUAUUGUCAACGUGGCAUCUGUCGUCUCGCGCAUCCCCUUUUUAUUUGCGUCGGCAUACAACGCCUCCAAGGCAGCUGUUACCUCAUACUCGGACACUUUGCGACUGGAAGUGGAACCGCUGGGACUUCGGGUCGUUACCGUCUUCAUGGGCGAGGUCUCCACAGGGCUCAUGUCUGCAGACAAUAUCAGCUUCGGAGCUGAUAGUUUGUACGCUGAAGUUGAAGCAAAUGUUAGGCAGAGGUCUAUCGACCAUGCUAAGUCAUCUAUUCGCCCGCAAGCCUUUGCAAGGCAGGUUGUGGAUGAACUUUUGAAGCCCCAGACCAGCUAUAUUUGGAAGGGUACAAACGCCGUACUGAUUUGGUUCCUUAAUGCGAUUGGCCACAGGAAGAUUUUUGAUUCAACAAUGAAAAAAGCAGUUGGACUCGACCAGGGAGAUUUACGCAGGGACAUAUAUGAGCGAGGCCAAAAGCUUACCAACCCUUGA